AUGGAGAAGCAUGGUAGAACAGGCAGGAGCAAGAAAUUUCCUGAAGGAACUAAAGUUAUUGUAAUUCCUGCAGAUAAAAGCUUUGAUGCAGACAUUUCCCCCAAGCCCACCAUUUUUCUUCCUUCUGUUGCUGAAACAAAGCUCCACAAGGCUGGAACAUACCUUUGUCUCCUUGAGAAAUUCUUCCCUGAUGUUAUAAAGGUAUAUUGGAAAGACACCGAUGACAAUAGGAUUGUGGAAUCCCAGGAGGGAAACACGAUGAACACUAGUGACACAUACAUUAAGUUUAGCUGGCUUACUGUGACUGGAAAGUCGAUGCAUAAAGAGCACAGAUGUAUUGUCAAACACGAGAACAACAAAAAUGGAGUUGAUCAAGAAAUCAUCUUUCCUCCAAUAAAGAAAGUUUCCUACAGCACAGAUCCUGAAGUUUCUUUAAAAGAUGAAAACUAUGUGCUACAGCUGCAGCUCACAAGCACCUCUGCCUACUGCACCUACCUCCUCCUGCUCCUCAAGAGUGCCAUCUACUUGGCCAUCAUCAGCUUCGUUCUGUUUAGAAGAAUGGCUACCUGUCAUGAUGGGGAAGGUUCUUAA